AUUGGAGAUUGACGCAUAUUUCUGUGCUGUGCUGAUGAAAUCGGUCGAUUUGAUUAUCCUGUCUGGACUGGCCUUUGUUGUCAUUGAUGACUUAUGACAUUUUUGUUCGUGUUUAACUGUUUAUUUAUUUUCAUUACAUUCGGUAACCAAAUAGAAUUACCGAUGCUGUUUCUUCUUCAAAAGAUAAAUGCGGUAAAUGCUUACGAUCCCAAAACAAAAUGACGCCUUUGUUGAAGAUAAGCAAGUCUGUAUUUAUCUUUAUUGCACUUACUUUUGCUUCUAAAUGGGUAUACCUACAUUACUUUAACAAAAAGGAAAAGAAAAUAGCGCCAAAAGAAAUACACGAAGUUUUGAUGUUUUCUCAUGGACUCGGAGAGCUACAAAGGAGUAAAUAUUCAAGAUGCGUUGUUACACAGAGCAUGGACCGACUGUUGUAUUUUGUAAACUCCCCAAGAUACACAUUGGAUAUAUGCAUGUACGUUUUGACUAAUCUUGAUUUGACCCAGACAGUAUUAAAGCAGCACUUGAAAGGAGUAAAAGUCCGUGUAAUAGUUGACGCUGACAUGGCGUAUGCUUCAGGUUCUCACAUAAGAAAAUUGGAGAAACAAGGCAUUCCUGUCAGGUGGAUGAAAUCUACAAAUCUUAUGCACCAUAAGUUCUCAUUGAUAGACGCGUUGAGUGAAAACCCAGCAGCUGUGCCGGUGGUGAUAAUGGGAUCUCUCAACUGGACCAAUCAAGCCUUGAGUGGUAACUGGGAAGAUGUUGCAGUCACUUCGCAAAGGGAACUUGUUGAAAAAUACAGACUAGAGUUUGAACGGCUUUGGGUUCUAUUUAAACCAAUAGUAGAUAAGAAUUAAUACAUGUGCAAAUGCAUUGCUAAUAUUGUGGAAUAAUAUUCCAGGCAGAAUAACCUCAGAUGAUAACCAAAACUCACUAAUUACUACAUUGUGUAUCUUACCAGUAUGGACAUAAGGUUGGUUUUCAUUUAAUUGUUUUUUUUUUUACAAUUAGUGGGUUUUGAUUGUUUCAAUUCAAAUUCAAUUAUUUAAAAAUAAAUAGAAAUGUUAAUUCAGCAAUGAAUAGAUCCACAGUGCCAGUAUUCAAACUUGUCAAGUGACUAUCUUCUCACAAUUAUAUCAUUCUCUAACCAUAAUGUAGUCAUAGUGUAGUGUGUAGUUCUUAACAUAAAGUAGUUAAUUAGCCGGGUCCACACAGAGCGAGCAUACUCUCGAGGCAAUUUCCUCACGCACAAAACGGCCAGUGUAGACGUGCCUCGGCCGAGGCGGCGCUUGCGUUUUCCGAGUAAAUUGCCUCGCGCGUUUGCUCGCUCUGUGUGGACCCGGCUAAUGGAAAAUUACUGAUCCCCUCAGCUCAUAAAGAAUUUAUGAAAGAUAAAAAAUGUGUGUGGCUGUGGGUUCGAUUUUUGAUAUUAUGUAGUGCUGGGAGUGAGGGGAUAAAUAUAUGUAAUGAAUAAAUUGAAGUAUACUGCACAAUGCAUUACAGUAUAGGUAUUAUAUCCAUUAGCCGGGUCCACACAGAGCGAGCAUACACGCGAGGCAAUUUCCUCACGCACAAACCGGCCAGUGUAGACGUGCCUCCGCCGAGGCGGCGCAUGCGUUUUCCGAGGCACGUCUACCUGGCCGAUUUGUGCGUGAGGAAAUUGCCUCGCGCGUAUGCUCGUGUGGACCCGGCUAAUUCGGUAUUGGGUGUGAGUGAGGUUAUACUAGACAAAAAAUAGGUCUAACUAUAAAAACAGAAACAAUUACUUAUAACAUUUCUAUGUACAUUUGUUGCUUAACUAUUUUUAAUUCAGAGUUUGGUAACUAUUUUACAAUAAACAAAAAUCAUUCCCAAACCUAAAACACUAGGGAUACGUUUAUAUCAUGGCAUUUUUAUGUUUAGAGUAUCAAUUUAGUAUCUCUGAGCACUGCUUAAAUAGUCACCUAUUCUUUAUAUUGCUAUAGAUACAGACUAUGAAAUAAUGCCAAAAAUAUAUCCCAGUUUUAACAUCUUAUUUCAAUGACAUAAAGUGCAAGACUGCAUAAUCAGUUGUUUUUAUGUAUAGUUGGCCUGCAAGUUCUGAGGAAUCAAAAUAAACACCAUUUUAUCCUCCAUGUAUCCUAUGCCCCCUCUCUGUCUCCACAAGCAUUGAUGCAAUCCUGCAUCAAUGCCUCCUCACUUCUGCAGCCCCUUAAUCCUCAAAGCACUUGCACUCUGAUUGUAGGUUAUGAUUUUGUUAAUUAUUAAGUACUACAACAAGUACUAAAAUAUUUAUAAGCAAAUAAUAUGUGAUUAGGCAUUAACAUGUGUAUAAAAGUGAUAUUUUCUACGAAGUGACCAAUGAAACUCAACAUAUAUUAUUAUCUAUUAAAAUAAUUGUAGGUCAUGAUGUAAAAUAUUUUUGUGAUGAUUAGUUUCCUACCUGACCUAUAAGGUCUGUUGUGAUUUAAGAAAAUCUGUUAUUUGUACAGUCUACUUAGUACAGAAAAUUUUGUAAGUGCAUUUUUAUACAUACAUUAAUCACCAGAGCUUGCUUAUGUGAUACAUGCUGAUUAUCGUUAGGGCACAUUUACAUUAAGCUCACCAUGACAUGUUCUAUGACCCCUGACAGACUGCUCAAUUUCUUAAGUACUUUACUACCUGUACUGUUUUGUUACCUGUUCUAUUCUAUUAUAAUUUUUCUUUUAUAAUUAUGCUACAAUGGCUAGCUAAGAUAAUGUAUAAAUUCAAAUAUGAGAGAGUCUAGCCAUAAUGCACAGUAUGGUACUAACACUCUAAUUCCCUGUUUGAUUAAGGUUGUUUUGUGGUCAUACCCUUGAAUUUUCUUUGAAUAACACAGUACCCACCCGCAA